AUGGCUCGAGAGAUCGAGUACCAGCCUCUCAGCCAAUCCCGUCAUCAGAUCCGUCUGCUCCACAUCAGGCGCUUCGUGACGGACCACAACAGCCCGAUUGUGUGUCGUCUGGAGAUCUUCGACCGCCUCGAAUGCCCCCCUUAUACGGCGCUGUGCUAUGCCCGGGGCACUGGACACCCGGCAGCCGUCAUCACCCUCAAUGACCGGGACUUCUCGAUACAGGCCUCGGUGGCCAUGGCCCUGCGGGAAAUAUGCCUCAAAAAACAGCACCCCCGGGUCUGGAUCAGCCAGAUAUGCAUCAACCACCAGAACGACAGAGAGAAGUCAUAUCAGAUCCGCCAUUUACGGCAUGUCUAUAGCUCCGCCACCUCUGUCAUUGCCUGGCUCGGCCCUGCCUUUGAGAAUAGCGAGGUACUCUUCGCACAUCUUGCCCAGAUGGCUACCAUGGCCCAGAGCCACGACUGGAACGGCCUCGUGAGACUGCACAGUGACUUUUCCUACGUGCAGGUUCUCGCGAAUGCUUUUUACUUGCUGUGUUCCCGACCAUACUGGAGCCGGCUUUGGGCGAUACAAGAGUUUGCAGUUGCGUCUCGAUUGCUGAUCAUGUGCGGAAACUCGACGAUUUCCCCCAGGAUGCUGGAUGCUAUCCAAGACCUAAUUGAUAUUCUCCAAGAAGCAAAUUCAAGACGGCCUUCCAGAAGGAAAGAGCAGCUCAUACAGCGACUCAAAAUGGCCUUCUAUCCCAAAUCUCGCAGCUUCAUGGCAAAUCUACUGGCUCGUCGCGCAGCCCGCCAGGCGCAGCAUGGCAGCCGUGAAACCUUCUUCCAGAAACAAGAGAUCCGCGCGAUCGUUUGUUCUCAUUAUUACACCUCUCGGCGGACUAUCACCACUUCGAGAGACUCCUGGACUAUUCCCACAGCUGCGAAAGAGUCUACCGAGACGCUGCCAUAA